ACUGUCAGUUGCAUGUUAUUGUUAUUAUUUACUGAUCAUUAGAAUAAGUCAAUCAAGUUAAACUAAUUUAAUUGCGCACAACGGUCAACUAUUAUGAAUAUCUAUCUUAAAAAAUGCGUGUCACACAACUCUUACGGUACCGUUUUCUAUCGAAUGAUCAGUUCCUCCGAAGUGGCAACCGCUUUACGGCCCUUCUAUUUCGCAGUACACCCAGACCUUUUCGGGCGGUAUCCCCAACAACGGCAGGUUAAUGAAGAAUCGCUCAAAUUUCUCAGCGCACACUUGGAAUCGCUGCUUAGCCAGAGACGAGUGCUGCCAUCCACACCUCAACAACUCCCUUUCUAUGUGCGAGCCUCAAACUCGCCGGAACAACGUGGACAGUUCAAUCUUAUAAAGGUGCCAUUGGAACGAACCACUGAUACUAAGUUGGUUUUGCGGAAGAUUUUAGAGUCGUGCAACCUUUCUACGGACUAUGUGGACAAAAUGUCACCUGGAAGUUCUACCACAAGCAUGAAAGGUCAACGACCAAGGUCAAAUUCCGACGGUGAUGGACAAGACAGUUCGUUUUUUCAUCGUAAGCGACCGGAUGAGGAGUCACCAUUCGAGAGCGAGUUCGAUAUAUUUCAGUUCCGAGUUAAAAAGGCAAAAGAGAAUGAAUCGCUCAAAUUCUGGUUGCAAAAGCACAUGGUCACGGCCAAUGUGCGUACGAGGGGAUUGCAAGAGUUGAAGGACGAGGUUGAAAAGCUCAAGGAGUCGAUAAUGAAAUUGUUAAAAGUCAAGGAUAUACUGUAUGAUUGCGGCUGGAAUGUGGAGCAUUUUAGAGGCUGCCUUAAAAGUUUGGAACGAUUGGCAGCGUUGUAUCCCCAGGCAAUGUUAGAUCUCAAAGAUAGAGUUGUUGUGUUUGCGGCAUUCACCGGGGUUAGUUUGGAUGGACACGUAAUGCUCUACACAGGGGAUGUCCAAAGAAACUGGUUGGAUCUUAUUCAACAUAUUGAAAAGCACGAUGCAUAUUUGCGGAAACUUCCUGCGUAUGAAUAUGCACUUUCGCAGGUGCUACGCAAUAUUCGAGUAGGUCGGCGUAAGUUCAUGCCAAAGGCCGAAGCAAUGUCAUACGCCUCUCAUUUGCGUAAGAUAACCACGUCUUUGCUGGACUACCUAGGAAAAUCUAAAUAUCCAAAAAGUUGGCCACUGGAUCUUUCGAGAUUUGAAAUCGUUGUCGAAUCGGAAGCGGGACCAAUGAUGGUCAGUCCUACCGGGCAGUUGAUUGUACCGGCGACCUGUCCCGGUUCGUUAUUGGUCGACUUUCUGACCACACACAUGGAGGAGUCGCUCGAAAAACAGCAAUCGUACGACCGACAGAAGCACGUGGAGCGUGAUUUACACGCGCGCUGCAUGAAGCAGUUUCAGCUGUUUUCCCUCGAUAAAGACGAUUCCGUCACGCCAGAUCGGAUGAUUGAGUGUUUGGAGAAACUGAUUGCCACGGAUGAAUUGGAGUUGGACGAUAUUCACCUCAACAUCACAACGUACUAUUCUGUGCUGAAUGAUGGUACCGUGUGUAUACCGUGGAACUGGAAGUGAAGUGCAGCAUGGAUUGAUGUGUUGAAUUCAGUCAAAUUAUAGGGCUAGAAGCCGUAUGAUUAUAUCAAUUAACGAAAAAUAUUCAUAUACAUAUAUGUAUAACUAUGUGUAACAAA